AUGCGCCAGACGCUUCGACGGUCCUGUGCUGCCUGCGCACGAUCAAAGCACAGUUGCGACCUGCGCACGCCGCGCUGCUCUCGCUGCCUCAAGCGCAAUGUCCAAUGCCUCUACGCCAACGAGCCCUUGACAGCGUCACCAGUCUCCUCCGAUCAUCCCGGCCGAGAGGAAGCGUGGGCGUCAAGGCCUUCCAGUAGCCCUAGCGCGUUGACCACCUACAGGUUUGGAUCUCUGGAUCCAUUCGACUCGUAUCCACAGACGAGACUUCCGAGGGCACAGGUGCAACGUCUCAUCCAUAGCUACGAGGAGCUGCUCGCUCAGAAGGGCUUCCAGUCGUCGGAAGUUCUGAUGGUCGACUCUGUGGCUCUGCUGCGACGGAAAGUCGAGGACUUGUCGUUGGCUGUACAAGAUGGCACGCUGAACUCGGUCAUUACACUGGCGACGAUAGAGUACGGUAAAGGCAAUAUUGAAGUGAGCCACACGCACGUUGAGGGAGUCAAAAGACUGGUCCAGCUGAGAGGCGGCAUCAAUGCCGUCCGGCAGACCAGCCCUCUCACGGCAAGGAUGGUGAGCUGGGCAUCGAUGCUCAUCAUGGGUCACCCACAAUUUGAAACCCAAGACGAUGCCGGCAUCGGGGACGGCAUACCGCCUAUCCCAGAGUGGCAGCUUGAGCCAGUCGGCCUUGACGAUGGCCAUGUUGAUCUCGCCCCCUACGAGAUUGACUACGCCGUCAGCAACGUCGUUGGUCGCCUGCGGAGUGUGUUCCGGCAGGCGGAGCAAGUGCAUUUUUCGACAACACGACUUCAUGACCUGACAUGUUUUGUCGUCCAUCGCCUUCUGCGGACGUCACCAGAUCCGCCAAUGUCGGCCCCAUCGCCCAUGAGCCAAUGCCUGCGGUACGCUACUGCGCUCUACAUGUUCAUCAUCCAGGGACCAACUUAUUACCCACAUACUGUCAUCAUGGGCGAUGUCAUCAGGAAACUGAUCGAGAACCGAGAGCAGCUCGAUCCUUCGCCCUUUGAUAUAUGGAUCUUCACCAUCGGUCUCGCAGCCUCGGUGGGCACAGCACAGUACCAGUGGUUCCUCGAGAGGGCGCGAGCUGCGGCGACUAGCCUUCAGCUAAGAGAAUGGAGCCAUGGCCUGUACGAAUAUGAGAGAUUAUGUCUUGUCACGGGGUCGAAGGUGCUGGUGAUAAAGCCUCCUAGGCCAAACUUGCUGCAGCAGGUUGCAGAUGAUGAAGUCCGGAUCUUGCUGGAUUAA